CGUUGCUCCAUUCAUUCCCUUGUCAACUCAGGACUUGGCCAGAGCCUGCUCAUUUACAUGGUAAUUUGUUGCUUGUUUCUUGGAACUAGCAACCAUGGUCAAGGCUUGUGUGCCAGUACUACUUUCUGAUCUUGCAACCUCGAACACCCACGGAGAGGACUCCCCCUACUUUGCUGGCUGGAAAGCUUAUGAUGAGGACCCUUAUGAUGCUGCAACAAACCCUUCAGGAGUCAUUCAGAUGGGUCUGGCAGAAAACCAAGUAUCAUUUGAUCUAUUGGAGAGGUAUUUAGAACAGCAUCCAGAGGCAACUGGCUGGGGAUGUGGCAUAUCCAGCUUCAGAGAAAACGCUUUGUUUCAAGAUUACCAUGGUCUCAGAAGCUUUAGACAGGCAAUGGCAACUUUCAUGGAGAAAAUAAGAGGAGAAAGAGCAGAGUUUGAUCCUGAACGCAUAGUCCUCACAGCCGGCGCCACUGCUGCAAAUGAGCUACUAACCUUCAUCUUAGCUAAUCCCGGAGACUGCUUACUCAUUCCGACACCUUAUUAUCCAGGAUUUGACAGGGACUUGAGGUGGAGAACUGGCGUUAACAUCAUUCCGGUCCACUGCGACAGCUCGAAUGGGUUCCAAAUUACUCCUCAAAACUUGGAAGUGGCGUUUGCUGAAGCAGAAUCCAAGAAGUUUAGAGUUCGAGGAGUCGUCAUCACCAAUCCAUCGAACCCGCUAGGCACGACAAUUCGCCGGCCUGCUCUGGAGGAUAUACUCGACUUUGCGGCGCGCAAGAACAUACAUUUGAUAUCGGAUGAGAUCUACUCCGGCUCUGUGUUUUCCCCUGACGAAUUCGUCAGCAUGGCGGAGAUCGUCCAGGCGCGAGGAUACAGGGACUGUGAGAGAGUGCACAUAGUGUACAGCCUCUCCAAGGACCUCGGCCUUCCUGGGUUUAGAGUCGGAACCAUUUACUCCUACAACGAUCGAGUGGUGACGACUGCUAGGAAGAUGUCCAGCUUCACUCUGGUCUCGUCUCAGACUCAGAACAUGCUGGCUUCCAUGCUCUCCGACAGAGAGUUCAUUGAGAACUACUUGGAGACGAACAGGAAGAGGCUAAAGGAGAGGCAUGAGUACAUUGUCGAGGGGCUAAAGAAUGACGGAAUUGAGUGCUUGUGAGGGAACGCUGGGCUCUUCUGUUGGAUGAAUCUGGCUCCGUUGCUGAAAGAGUCCACAAGGGAAGGAGAGCUGAGGCUCUGGAAGUUGAUUCUGCACGAGGUGAAACUUAACAUCUCGCCGGGCUCCUCCUGUCACUGUUCGGAGGUAGGUUGGUUCAGGGUAUGCUUUGCUAAUAUGAGCCAUCAAACGCUGGAGACUGCCCUGAGACGAUUAGGGAAUUUCAUGAACAAGAUGAUCGAGGCAAACAAACGAAACGAAUUAAUAGGGUGACGUAGAUUAAUUUUCAUAUAUACACGCAUAGAUUUAUGUCUGUUUUGUAUCUUGGAAGAAGGUCAUGUUUUUGGAAGAGAGGUGCAUGUCCUCUCCUCUUCUCAAUUUUUUUUUUUCCUUCUUCAUCAAGAUUGUAGCCUUGCAUUUGGUAAGGAAUUAGAAUAAGAUUAUGUGCUUGAGAUAAUUAAGCAUUCUAAUUGAUUCUAUAUAUAUA